GUGACCGCCGCCGUGUCGCAGUUUACUCGCGUUCACGGUGUCAGGCGCUGCCAGCGUAAAUAUACGGAAGAAAUCAUAACGCAAGCGCCAGUUCCAACUACAAACCGCGGGAGUGUACUGUUAGCACAACAAGUGUCGUUUACCAGUUUUCUUCCUCCAGGAGGUGAAAGGUUUGGAUAUUAUGGCCACACUUUCUUCUCAGAUCCGAGGACUUUCGACAGAAGAUGAGAGUGAAUGCAGAAUCCUUAAAGUGAAAGUUAUUGCUGGGAUCGGGUUGGCCAAAAAGGAUAUACUUGGAGCAAGUGAUCCUUACACAAGACUGUCCCUCUAUGAUCCUAUAAGUGGAGAUAUAGCAAGUGUCCAGACUAAAACAAUUAAAAAGUCGUUGGAUCCAAAAUGGAAUGAAGAAUUCUAUUUAAGAGUGCAUCCCAGCAAGCACCGCCUCCUGCUAGAGGUGUUCGAUGAGAACCGCCUGACACGUGAUGACUUUUUGGGACAGGUGGAUGUUCCCCUCAAUCAGAUACCAACAGAAAAUCCUAAUACACAAAGGCCAUACUCAUUCAAGGAUUUUCUGCUUCACCCCAGAAGCCACAAGUCCAGAGUUAGGGGCCAACUGCGACUCAAAAUGACCUAUAUGCCAAAAAACCCAGGUUCCAAUGAGGAAACAACAGAUGCAACUGAUGAUACAGAUCCUGGAUGGGAAUUGCUAGAACCUCAGGACAUGUCAGGUCCCAUGCACUGCCAUCCGGCACCUCCUCUGCCACCUGGCUGGGAGGAACGCCAGGACAACUUGGGAAGAACCUACUACGUCCACCAUGAGAGCAGAACCACACAGUGGCGGCGACCAACUUUACAGGACAUGAACAUGGACACUCAAAGACGACAAAACAGCACUAGGCAGAGGGAGCAGAAUUAUCUCACACGCAGACAGAUCUCAGACCCCGACGAGGCCACUCCACAAGAUGAGGAGUGGGAGGUUUUUCCUGAUAAUGGCUUCAAUUUAUACCAGGGCAACCAGCACACAUCAUCACCACACCAGCUGUCCCAGGAGUUGCUGGCGUUCCAGGACGAGCUAAGAAACAUGCAUAUUACAGGGCCCACAGCCGGCGAACAACACAUCUUUCAGAUAGAUCACGCUAGUAAUACGAGCCAUUCCAUUCACAGAAGAAGUUUUCACACGACAAGGGGACUGGAGCAUCCUGUUAAUACUGUGCUGCUUGCAACCCCUGCGGGGCUGCCUGCAGGAUGGGAGGAAAAGAGGGACAGUAAAGGAAGACGCUACUAUGUUAACCACACUACCCGAACAACCUCAUGGAUACGACCCGCCAUGCAGAAAACAGAUACGACACCACCCACACAGACUGGUUCUAGAACGCCAUCCUUACCGUCUGUGUCCCCUGAGGUGUCUCCACAGCACACUCCAAGCCCAGAGGCUACAUCGGAUUCUGGCUCCAUGCCAGCAGGAUGGGAGGUGCGCAGCGCUCCCAAUGGAAGACCCUUUUUCAUUGACCACAAUACAAAGACUACUACCUGGCAAGAUCCACGGCUAAGAAUUCCUGUUCAGUUUAGGAGGAAACCCUCACUGGACCCAUCUGAUCUUGGCCCAUUACCACCUGGUUGGGAGGAGCGGGUCCACACGGAUGGGAGGAUAUUCUACAUAGAUCACAACACCAAGAAUACACAAUGGGACGAUCCUAGAUUACAAAACUCGGCAAUAACUGGACCAGCGGUGCCUUAUUCCAGAGAUUAUAAACAGAAAUAUGACUAUUUCCGCAAGAAGCUGAAGAAACCGGUCGAUGUCCCAAAUCGCUUUGAGCUGAAGGUGAGGCGAAAUGCAGUGCUGGAGGACUCGUAUCGGCAAAUCCUCCUAGUGAAGCGGGCAGAGUUGUUGAAGGCCCGACUGUGGGUGGAGUUUGAGGGGGAAAAAGGUUUGGACUAUGGAGGCUUGGCCCGGGAGUGGUUCUUCCUCAUGUCCAAGGAGAUGUUUAACCCCUACUAUGGACUCUUUGAAUAUUCUGCCACGGACAACUAUACGCUGCAGAUAAACCCCAACUCAGGUUUAUGUAAUGAGGACCACCUAACCUACUUCAAGUGCAUUGGCCGUGUGGCAGGCAUGGCUGUGUUUCAUGGCAAACUGCUCGAUGCUUUCUUCAUCCGACCUUUCUACAAGAUGAUGCUGCAGAAACCCAUCACCCUCCAGGACAUGGAGUCUGUCGAUAGUGAAUAUUUUAAUUCACUGCAGUGGAUUUUGGAGAAUGACCCGACUGACCUGGAUUUGAUGUUCACCAUUGACGAAGAGCUCUUUGGACAGACUCACCAACAUGAGCUGAAGCCCAACGGUGCCGAGAUUGUGGUCACCAAUGAAAACAAGAAGGAAUACAUUGACCUGGUGAUACAGUGGCGCUUUGCAAACCGAAUCCAGAAGCAGAUGACUGCCUUCAAGGAUGGAUUCUUUGAGUUGAUCCCUCAAGAUCUGAUCAAGAUCUUUGACGAGAAUGAGCUUGAGCUGCUCAUGUGUGGUCUGGGAGAUGUGGACGUGAACGACUGGAAAGCAAACACCAAGUACAAAAAUGGCUACAGCUCCAACCAUGUAGUUAUCCACUGGUUUUGGAAAGCAGUACUGCUGAUGGAUGCAGAAAAACGAAUUCGACUCUUACAGUUUGUGACUGGAACCUCCAGAGUCCCAAUGAACGGCUUUGCUGAACUCUAUGGAUCUAAUGGCCCACAGCUGUUCACCAUUGAGCUGUGGGGAACACGUGACAAACUGCCCCGAGCGCACACAUGCUUUAAUCGCCUGGACCUUCCACCUUACGAAUCCUUUGAGGAACUGAAGGAGAAACUUCACAUCGCCAUUGAGAACGCACAAGGCUUUGACGGCGUGGAUUAGUGAAUAAACGGAUGAUACUGUCACCCAAAGUGGAGCCAAGCCAUCCCUUGAUAACAUUGUGAAGUUAAACAUCACAGCAGCGGGUCCUAACCCAGCCAGCUGUGAGACACAUGAAGGACGGACACAUACAGUAGCCCUCACUUUGGUUGUCUCUUUGGGCACAUGUAGAGAAGGAACAACAGCAGCUGGAAGGACAAGUGUUUCAUCCCUACUAGUGUUCUAAAGUUUACAAAUCAUUCUCUUUUCAACAUUGAAUUCUUAGUUAAAGUCAUCUGUUGUUAAAUGACCACAUGACAAACAUUAACCUUGGGAUCAGAGUCGUAUUACGGUCUCAAAACUACCCCAACUACUGAUAUUGAGCUUACCAUUAUCUUUCCAAUCAGGUUAAAAUUCAUUUUUUCUGCAUACAUUGUACAUUUAAAUAAAUGAUUUUCCGAUUUGAUUUAUUUAUGCGGGUGCCCUCAGCAUGGGCCCUGCAUGAAACUGACUUUUAUCAAGCCGGACGGCCUCAUGGCUUUGUUUAUGAAAGUUUGUCCUUUCCACGUCACUUUUAGAGGUAACUGCGGACGGUCGCAUUAAAUAACAUAAACAACUUGGGUCCAGGUGACAUUUAUAACAUUAACAUUUGUGCUACGUUGUUCAAUUUAAAUGUAACCUGGCAGUGAAGCCUUUUUCUGCCGUCUGAAAUGGAUAACCUAAACAACCUGAAGUUGUGAUUCAAGUGAUUUUUAUUAAGUUUUAUACAUGCUUUUACAUGAUUCAUUCCAGUAUACUGUAUUAGACACUAAGAUAAGCGCCUUAAAAACCAAGACAAUGUGCCGGUUACAGUAUGUGCAAGUAGAGCUACGUAUAUGGAGUUUAGAAAUGUACCAAUGCCAGGACCAGUUCAAAGCUCAUCUAAUUCUAGUCCAUAUCUGUGUUUUGUGUGCAGAUGCAAAGAGGUGAUUAUGUGCGGUGUUUGAUGAUGUUACAAUACUAUGCAUCAUUUUAUACACGUCUCUGUUAUUACAUAGUGUACCCGCAAUGAAACUGAUGAAACCUUUUAUGAUGACUGUACAUGUCAUACAACGCUGCAUUUAUGAGCUGCAGUAGCUGUUCAUUCUCAAUCUUUGCAUGUUCAAGGCACAUAAGAGUUUUAUUAGCUGGACACCAGCUGACACAAACAUUUUCCGACCGCCUGACUGAAUCAUUCGUGUACGUCAUUCUACUCAUCGAGGGUUUAAUAGCACCACACAACUUUUAAAACUAUUUUCCUGCGUUGACUAAUCCUGUACGUUUCGUUCUGUAUCCGGACUCGUUUAUCAUAUCUUGGCAAGAGCAGGUUUUUAACAAUGUUUUCGUUUCUGAACGGCGAAAUGCGUUUACACCGCCUGCCGUGUUUACUAAAAGGUUUUUGACGAUGGAGACUGUUGUGGGCUGGUUCUCGUCGCUGACAACACGGCUUUAAACUUUGGCUUUUUGUAACGUGAAGCACUUUGUUCAUAUCAACAAGUCUUAUCUGAACUGUCUUUGCCAAUCUGUCACCUGCACACUUCUUAAAAUUGUUCUUUAAGAAAAUGAUCCUAUUGUUCAAGUGCACCUGUUAAGAAUGUUUACAUGUGGACAUUGCUAAAAGUAAGCACAUUCUCUUCUUUCACGUCUAUUUUGAUGUACUAUUGAUAUUGUGUUUAAUAAUGAAUAGAUCAACCCUUCAUAUCUGAAGAGUAAUAACUUUUUGUUACUUUAACACUUGUAAGUGCAUUAUAGCAAACUUGUAUUAUAAACGUUUAAAGAGUGGAAUGGCAUGUAGUUAAACAUCAACAUUUUGCUGAUAGCACAGCAAACUGAAUAGAAAUAUAUUUGACAAAUAAAGACACGUGAAAACUACA